AUGGGACCCGGGGGGGAGUGUGGUGGAGGGAGUGUGGAGGGGGGGGGGGGGAGUGUGUGUGGUGGGGGGGGGGGGGAGUGUGGAGGGGGAGUGGUGGGGGGGGGGGGGAGUGUGGAGGGGGAGGUAGUGUGGGGGGGGGGGGGGAGGGAGUGUGGUGGGGGGGGGGGAGUGUGGUGGAGGGAGUGUGGAGGGGGGGGGGAGUGUGGUGGGGGAGGUAGUGUGGUGGGGGGGGGGGGGAGUGUGGAGGGGGAGUGGUGGGGGGGGGGGGGGAGUGUGGAGGGGGAGGUAGUGUGGUGGGGGGGGGGGGAGGGAGUGUGGUGGGGGGGGGGGGGGAGGGAGGGAGUGUGGAGGGGGGGGGGAGUGUGGAGGGGGGGGGGGGCAGUGUGGGGGAGGGAGGGGGAGAUCCUUUACAGAAACAGAGCUUUUAUCUCUCGCCAUCUGACCUCAUCGCUACGUUCUCCGAGGCAACGGCGAGGACGACCUACGGCGAAAACGACCUACGGCAAAGACGACCUACGGCGAGGACGACCUACGGCGAGGACGACUUACUGCGAGGACGACCUACUGCGAGGACGACCUACGGUGAGGACGACCUACUGUGAGGACGACCUACGGCGAGGACGACCUACUGCGAGGACGACCUACUGCGAAGACGACCUACGGCGAGGACGACCUACGGCGAGGACGACCUACUGCGAGGACGACCUACGGCGAGGACGACCUACGGCGAGGACGACCUACGGCAAGGACGACCUACUGCGAGGACGACCUACUGCGAGGACGACCUACGGCGAGGACGACCUACUGCGAGGACGACCUACGGCGAGGACGACCUACGGCGAGGACGACCUACUGCGAGGACGACCUACUGCGAGGACGACCUACGGCGAGGACGACCUACGGCGAGGACGACCUACGGCGAGGACAACCUACGGCGAGGACGACCUACUGCGAGGACGACCUACGGCGAGGAGACCAGAGAGAGACCAGAGAGUGAGACCAGAGAAAGACCAGAGAGAGACCAGAGAGUGA